AUGUCCGACAGAGAGUUUUCCAGUAAUGAUGAUCUCUCCCUUCCAAAAGCUACGGUCCAGAAGAUUAUCACCGAGAUUCUCCCUCCCUCAUCGGGGCAAAAUUUUGCCAAAGAUGCGCGCGACCUUCUGAUUGAGUGUUGCGUUGAAUUCAUUACGUUGAUAUCUUCCGAAGCCAACGAGAUUAGCGAAAAGGAAGCUAAAAAGACAAUUGCUUGCGAGCAUAUUGAGCGAGCGCUUACUGACCUGGGCUUUGGCGACUAUGUACCCGACGUCCUUGCAGUUGCAGAGGAGCACAAAGAGCAGCUGAAGUCGCGUGAGAAACGGACCAACAAAAUCGAGCAGAGUGGCAUGUCUGAAGAACAGCUGUAUCAGCUACAACAGGAGCUCUUCAGGUCUGCAGGGGAGAAAUACCAUGCGGGGAGUUGA